AUGGCCACUUCGCCGCUGGAUCUCCUGCCGUAUAUUUGUCCGGGGAGAAAGAGGGAGCGGCCUAAGCCAUCGCAGUCACGACACGACACAGCGCAGACUUAUUAUCUCCAGAAGUUAGACGAGACCGAACCGGCCCACUCCAACCGGCCCACUCGAACCGGCCCACUCGAACCGGCCCACUCGAACCGGCCCACUCGAACCGGCCCACUCGAACCGGCCCACUCGACCCCGCCCACUCGAACCCGCCCACUCGAACCCGCCCACUCGAACCGGCCCUCUCGAACCGGCCCACUCGAACCCGCCCACUCGAACCCGCCCUCUCGAACCCGCCCACUCGAACCCGCCCACUCGAACCCGCCCACUCGAACCCGCCCACUCGAACCCGCCCACUCGAACCCGCCCACUCGACCCCGCCCACUCGACCCCGCCCACUCGAACCCGCCCACUCGAACCCGCCCACUCGACCCCGCCCACUCGAACCCGCCCACUCGAACCCGCCCACUCGAACCCGCCCACUCGAACCGGCCCACUCGAACCGGCCCACUCGAACCGGCCCUCUCGAACCGGCCCUCUCGAACCGGCCCACUCGAACCGGCCCUCUCGAACCGGCCCUCUCGAACCGGCCCUCUCGAACCGGCCCUCUCGAAACAGCCCACUCGAACCGGCCCUCUCGAACCCGCCCACUCGAACCCGCCCUCUCGAACCGGCCCUCUCGAACCCGCCCACUCGAACCCGCCCACUCGAACCUGCCCACUCGAACCCGCCCUCUCGAACCCGCCCACUCGAACCCGCCCACUCGAACCCGCUCACUCGAACCCGCCCACUCGACCCCGCCCACUCGAACCGGCCCACUCGAACCGGCCCACUCGACCCCGCCCACUCGAACCCGCCCACUCAAACCCGCCCACUCGACCCCGCCCACUCGAACCCGCCCACUCGAUCGAACCCGCCCACUCGAACCUGCCCACUCGAACCCGCCCACUCGAACCCGCCCACUCGAACCCGCCCACUCGAACCGGCCCACUCAAACCCGCCCACUCGAACCGGCCCACUCGAACCCGCCCACUCGACCCCGCCCACUCGAACCCGCCCACUCGAACCCGCCCACUCGAUCGAACCCGCCCACUCGAACCCGCCCACUCGAACCCGCCCACUCGAACCCGCCCACUCGAACCCGCCCACUCGAACCCGCCCACUCGAACCCGCCCACUCGAACCCGCCCACUCGAACCCGCCCACUCGACCCCGCCCACUCGAACCACAGCGCACGGAGCAGAGCGCACGUGGAGGACGACCGAGGCCUGAGAAAGUCCCAGAGUUUAACCCUUUAGUGUCCACUCCUUGA